UCCGCCCACUGACACCAAUGAUGGGGUGCUAUUUCCUACCACGGACAACAAUGGUGGGGCACUAUUCCUCUCACCUACACCAACAUUGGGGCACUAUUCCUCCCACUGACAACAACAAUGGGGCACUAUUUCUCCCACUGACAACAACGGUGGGGCACUAUUCCUCCCACACUGACACCAAUUAUGGGGCAUUAUUCCUCCCAUUGACACCAAUGAUGAGGAAUAAUGCCCCACCGUUGUUGUCAGUGGGAGGAAUAGUACCCCACCAUUGGUGUCAGUGGGAGGAAUAGUGCCCCAUUGGUGUCAGUGUGGGAGGAAUAGUGCCCCAUCAUUGGUGCCAGUGAGAGGAAUAGUGCCU